AUGCACUUCAAUCUCAAGAGUACGUUCAAUACGUUGCACGGGAUUUUACCUUUACUUAUGUCCGUGUCGUUCAGGAUUUUACCAGAUCUGCAAUUCCGUCGCUCCAGUUUUAGUUUGCAAGUCACGAACGAUGAAUUUACUCAAGAUGUGCGAAGCGUAGCAUACGUGAUGGUAGAAUUGCUCACUGGGCUUCGGGUUCAUGGGAGUCUGAUGGAAAAGAGCAAUCUACUGAGCAAAGUUGCUACAGACUGCUUAGAGCACCAGUUUUUAAGCGCCGUGCUAGCACUCAAGCCACUCAAGGAACUAUUGGCGCAUCCUUACUUCUCGACAGUUAAUCCAACAUACAACCAAGUAUCAGAAACAACGCCUGAGCAGCGGUAUAUUGUCGGAAUUCUAACAAACCAGGAGCUGACCAAGUGUCAGAUCAUGACGCGACAAUAUUUACAGCAAAUCCGGGAAUGGAAAGCUCACUUUGAAAAGAAGUAUCGAAGAAAGCCACAGCCUGUCGACCACCCGGCUGGCAUUGUGCGUCUACAAGGACGAUGUCAGGCGCUGAAAGAGCGAAUGGAAGAACUGAACAAUCGCUUGCCUUCUUCUCAUGGCAGCGUCUACCAACUGAUCGAGGAAAAUGAUGCUCUAACAAUUGAUACACUCGACAUUGCCGGAUCACCAGUAGCGUCUGAAGCUAUGGGCUCUCAAGAGGGAAUGCUACUACGUUGCACAACAGAAGCCACGGACAGCUCCGGCACUAUCGAAGAAAUCAUGAUUGAGCCACGUGUAGCCAUGUCCAACGUGUUCAUCGACCCUACAGGCGCUCACGUGCUUAUUUCAAUGGAAAAUGGCUCCAAUUUCUAUCUACACACGGGGUCUACACGUCCCAAGAAGAUCAUGAAGGCUCAGGCACUACAGUUCACCAGUGUAGCGUGGGACCGGCAAUCAGGAUCACCCGAAGCUUCAGAACCUAUUCUCAUUGGUACAGACUCUGGCGCAGUCUUUGAAGCGGAAUUUGACGGAGGCAAGGAGAAAUCCUUUAAGAAAGUGUAUCAGAUCUCGAAUCAGGGACCAAUUGCCGGCAUUGGCUUUGAGCACUGGAAGCUGCCGUCCGGUGACUUACGGUACUAUGUCAUGCUGACCACCUCAGCGUCUGGAAAGAGACCGACGCGUAUGUUCCAGUUCAUUGGCGGCGGUUCUGGUGGAUUAGAGACCAUGUUUAACGAGUACACCAGUCCGGAUAAGCUGAGGUUCCAGGAACUUCCCGGAGAUAUUACCACUGCGGAGCUGCGGUUCUAUGCCAAGCAGGAACGCGAACGUGCUAAGGGCUUUGGUGUACUGACAGGAGAGGGUGUAUACCAUGGCGACUUUGUGUUCGGUCUAUCCAGUACUAUGGAGAACGUGACGACGGGUACGGGUCUGCUGGCGUAUCCUGGUAAACCUGAUAAAUCGUCGGGUAGUCGAGGCUCUUGGACGCCCCCGAUCUCGAUGGCAGUGACCCAGUAUCACGUGAUUUUAUUGUAUACUCGCCAUGUCCAGGUGGUGUCCAAGUUGAGUGGUGUGGUGGUGAUGGAGGAGACGUUCGACUCACGUGUGGGCAAUGUGCACGGUAUCACUGUGGAUGAUACGUUCAACACAGUGUGGAUCCACUCUAACCGUCGUAUCUUGGAAGUUAUGAUCGCUGAUGAAGACCGUAACGUGUGGAAAUUGUUCCUGAGCAAGGCUGUGAUGGGCAACGGCGACGAUCGCGACUUUGAACAAGCUUUGGGUGUCUGUCGCAAUGGAUGGGAACGUCAGCGCGUGCUGACGGCACAGGCAGACAAGCUCUUCGAUAAGGGAGAGUAUGACCGUGCAGCUGUCAUUUACGCCAAGACGACACGUUCCUUUGAAGAAGUGGCGCUUAAGUUUCUUGAGAAGGAGACGCGAGAUUCAUUACUUCUCUUCUUGUUGCAGAAGCUGAAGAGCUUAGGAGGAGAUGAGAAGACACAGAAGACGGUCUUGUGCUCCUGGAUUGUCGAGCUCUUCUUGGACAAGUUUAACGUGCUUAAGGGUAGUGCACAAGAUGUCGACGCCCACGCUAAUUUGCUGUUCGAGUUCAAGCAGUUCCUGCAGGACCAGAAGAGCCACUUGGACCCAGCCACGACUUUCAACCUGAUCUCCAGUCAUGGUCGACCUGAUGAGCUGGUGUUCUACGCAACUCUCAUUGAAGAUUACGAGAAAGUGAUCACAUAUCACGUGGAUCGUGGCGAGUAUGGUGCUGCAAUUGAGUUGCUACGCAGCGUGGAGACGUCUAAGGUGGAGGAGCUCUGGUACAAGUAUUCCCCCGAGUUGAUCAUCCACAAGCCGAAAGAAGUGUACGAGGCCUGGCUUGAGGCUGCCACGUUGAACCCGACACGUCUUAUCCCGUCCAUCGUGCGUCAUGUGCACCAGAAGAGCGGCGUGGGUGGCAAUCCAACUAGCAACACCACCAAGAACCGCUCAGUGUUGGAUAUGGCUAUCCGGUUCCUGAAGUUUGCCAUUAAACAGGGCAACCGGGACCCUACUAUCCACAACUACUUGUUGUUUUUGUUGGCAAAGCAUCCGGACGAGCGCUUGCUCAUCAGCUUCUUGCGCAAGAAACACAAUGGCAAGCAUCUAUUCGACAUUGCCUUUGCUUUACGUCUUUGCACGCAGAACGAGAAGAACCGCGCGUGUAUCUACAUCUACUCGGCCAUGGGACUGUAUCAGGACGCGGUGGAGAAGGCACUUCAAGUGGAUGUGAAGAUUGCGAAAGAAAUGGCCAGCAUGCCCGAGGAUGACGAGACUCGUAAGAAACUGUGGACGUUGAUUGCCAAGCACACAAUUGAUGCCGGUGGUGAGAUUAAGGACGCCAUGAACAUCCUGAAAGAAAUAUGGGAUGCGUGCAUGUUUAAUCCGUUCGAUCAGGACUUGGACCAGGUGAUGAGAGAGUGCGGUCGGGCGAUGAACUCGUGUCUGCGUGACGGGGGUACGGCAGGUUAUUGGCAUCCAAUUCGAGAGGCCGAUUGA